UUUCCAGCGCGCAUAGACAAUGGACAAUGGAUCUGUGGCCACUACCAUAAGCGUCACCCCUUGCGGAUUCACCUCGGCACUUUGCGGAAUGGUGGCGCACGCUGUGCCGACUGCAAUGCAGCAGCGGACCUUGGGGUUCGCUGCUGGUGUGGUGGUUCUCAUGCUAGCCUGGGAUCCGCCUUUGAUCGGUCCCCUCGCAGGCCUGAACUUCGACUGGUCCAAUUGGAAUUCCUCUGACAUACGGCCCAUGCUGGGAAUUAACGAGUGGCCGUGUGAUCCCGAUAACAAGCUGCUGCAGGCGCAGAAGCUCAUCUUGCAGGACGCCUCUGGCCCUGAGAGCUUGGCUUUCGAUUCUACAGGGGCGGGACCUUACACUGGCGUUUCUGAUGGUCGCAUCCUCCGUUGGGAUGGAGAUGAGGCGCGAUGGCACACUUUUGGGGUUACAUCUUCCAUAAGAACGGAGGUGUGCGAUGUCCAUCCACCUUUAGUUCGAAACGAGCCUGUAUGCGGUAGACCACUGGGUCUUCGAUUUGACAAACACGACAACCUCUACAUCGCUGAUGCGUACUUUGGCUUACUCGUCAUGGGUCCCCAAGGAGGUGUUGCGAAACCUGUCAGUACCCAAGCAGAAGGCGUCCCGUUCAGGUUUGUUAAUGAUUUGGAUCUCGACGAGAAUGGGACGGUCUACUUCACCGACAGCAGCUCGCGCCGCCCAAGAAGUCAGUGCAACAUCGUAACGUUCGAGCAAGAUAGGUCCGGCAGAGUGUUGAGAUACGAUCCCAAGACUCAGCAGACUACAGUGCUGGCGAGGGAAUUGUUCUACCCAAACGGAAUUGCGGUCUCACUAGACAGCUCGUUUAUGCUCCUGUCUCACACAUCGAAAUCCAGGAUUGGGAAGUAUUGGCUGAAAGGACCCAAGCUAGGCACCCUCGAAGAAUUUGCUGAAGUUCCAGGCUUUCCAGACAACAUCCGGCGAACGAAAGAAGGAGAUUUUUGGGUAGCGCUUCACAGCCGCGUGACCAAGUUACAAAAUUUUCUUGCCAAUCAUUGGUACCUUCUUCGGAUUUUGUAUAGCCUGCCGUUGCGGUUCGAUUUUAUCUCUUGGCUUACAACGGGCACUCCAGAUGCCAUGGUCAUCAAGUUCAAUCCAAACGGUGAGGCUAUCGAAGCUUUCGAGGACAGAAAGGGUCAGAAUGCAAGGUUACUGAGCUUCGCCGACGAACGGGACGGUGUGUUGUGGAUGAGCUCGGUGUUUAUGCCUUCGAUCUGGACGUUACCUCUUAAUGCCAGUGCAGCAAGUCACUUAUGAGUGAAUCACCCCAAUCAUGCAGUUGGAAUUCAUGUUUCAGGAAAACGUGUAUUGGAUGAUGAAGCACAAACUCAAGUGAUUUUGGGUAGUUUACUUUUGAGAAGUUUAAUGGUUGACAGACAGCGACGAGUCCUCGUGUGACUCAUUCAGCUCUGUUAAAUCAGAUUUUUGUAAAAAGAGUUGAGGAUAAACGUCAACCGAUUCAUUUGUGGAUUCAGAGAUGAAAUUUGCAAAACUCCACAGUCACUGAACACAAUUGAACUCACCCUUGCAAUGGUGCUGAAGUAAUGGGCUCCCUUCUUGCUCUAUUCAUCUGUUUGAAAAUGGCGACUCUUACUACCCACAGCCACAUCCCCAUGUCCUCUCUUCUGUGCCCUCUUUGCAGUGCUAAGAGCCGAAUUAUGGACCAAGUAUCCAAGUGUGGAUAACCUUCAGAUGAUGAGGAGAGGCUUCCUGUUGUUGGGCCGUCAUCCUCGUCUGGAACCGCUGUGGAGACUAGUGGGAGAUGCUGAAAGCAAGGUAAAAUGGAGGCCAGUUUUUUGGACCCUGUUUCUUUCGCUGGCACUAGCUUUCGUCACGUCUGGAGGAGUGCCACAAGUUGCCAUUUCAGCUAUCUGUCGAGGCAAGCAGCUGCAUUCACAGGUUUGGAUCAACUUCAAAUUUUGUGGCUGAAUCUUUAAGUCCUUCCAUAUAACUCCAAUUUCAAACCCUGUGCAGUUGAGGAUUUAUGAGCAUUAUUUAGACCCCAUGGACUACACCGGCACGCUAAUACCUUGACAUCAACAGAUACCCCAACUGCAAAUGUAAUCAAGGUGCGGAUUUCAUAGAUUGCGUUACAAGCGACAUUCUUGAGCUCUAACUUCAGCAUUCAGUCGGGGCCGCUUUUACGGUCGCAGGACGUCAUAACCCUCCCCUUCACCACCCUCUCUCCAUGUUGACGAAGCCGAAGCGAUGGCCAGUAACAUCUCCCACUUCAAAUGUAUAUGGCGUGGAAAGUGUCCUUCAAUCUCUCAGGUAUUACUCAUAGAAGUGCAAUCAACCCAUCUGAACGCUGCAAUAAUUUACUAGAUUCUUCACAAAACCAUGAUUACUUAGACAAGCGUUAUAGUUUGCUGUUCCUGUGAAUGAAUUGCACUGUGAAAUAAAAGUGCAGGGCAUAUUUAUUCUGAAUGUUGCCCUCCACGCCCUAAAUAUGAAA